GUAACUGGCUUCCGCUUCCGGUGGCUCCCCAGUUCGCCCCGCCCCCGGGCGGCUUCCUCUAGGGCCUCGCGACCCCAGAGUCGUGCGCGGGUGCUCCUGGGAUUGGUAGUUCGCCUUCCCCCUCACUGCGUCAGUUUCUCUCUGCUGACGGACUCCAUCUCCCGGCGUCCUCGGAGCCGACAUAAAGAUGAGUAGCUCUGAGGAGGUGUCCUGGAUUUCCUGGUUCUGUGGGCUCCGUGGUAAUGAAUUCUUCUGCGAGGUGGAUGAGGACUACAUCCAGGACAAGUUCAACCUCACUGGACUCAAUGAGCAGGUGCCUCACUACCGACAAGCUCUGGACAUGAUCCUGGACCUGGAGCCAGACGAGGAGCUGGAGGACAACCCCAACCAGAGUGACCUGAUCGAGCAGGCAGCCGAGAUGCUGUACGGCCUGAUCCACGCCCGCUACAUCCUCACCAACCGAGGCAUCGCCCAGAUGUUGGAAAAGUACCAGCAAGGAGACUUUGGCUACUGCCCUCGAGUGUACUGUGAGAACCAGCCCAUGCUCCCCAUCGGCCUCUCGGACAUCCCAGGUGAGGCCAUGGUGAAACUCUACUGCCCCAAGUGCAUGGACGUGUACACACCCAAGUCAUCGAGGCACCACCACACAGACGGCGCCUACUUCGGCACUGGCUUCCCUCACAUGCUCUUCAUGGUGCAUCCGGAGUACCGGCCCAAGCGGCCCGCCAACCAGUUUGUGCCCAGGCUCUACGGCUUCAAGAUCCACCCCAUGGCGUACCAGCUGCAGCUCCAAGCCGCCAGCAACUUUAAGAGCCCAGUCAAGACGAUUCGCUGACCCCGCCCACCCUCCCCGUGACACCACCAUUCCUUUGCUGCCGCCCUUUCAGGAAGUCUAUGGUUUUUAGUUUAAAUUAAAGGAAUUGUUAUUGUGGUGGGAAUAUGAAAUAAAGCGGAAG